AUCCCCAUACUCCCUCAGUUCUCUUUCCGUAGCCCAUUUUUGUCCUGACUUUCCGCCGAGAGCGCUACGUGCACUGACGUGAAAAGACCCCGCGCAACCCGGAACACCGCAGCCGUUUCGGAGCUCGGGACUAGAAAAUGGCAGAGCAACUUUCUCCAGGAAAGGCGACCGACCAGGUGUGCACCUUCCUGUUCAAAAAGCCUGGGCAAAAAGGGGCUGCAGGCCGCAGGAAGCGCCCGGUCUGCGAUCAAGAGCCCGGAGACAGCAGCAGCAGUGACGAAGGCAGCACGGUGGUUCGCCCAGAAAAGAAGCGAGCGACCCACAAUCCGAUGAUACAGAAGACCCGCAGCAGUGGUAAACAGAAAGCGGCUUACGGCGACUUGAGUAGCGAGGAGGAGGAGAAUGAGCCCGUGAGUCUCGGUGUGGUCUACAAGUCCACCCGCUCAGCGAAACCCGUGGGGCCAGAGGAUAUGGGGGCGACUGCUGUCUACGAGCUAGACACAGAAAAGGAACGUGACGCACAAGCCAUCUUUGAGCGCAGCCAGAAGAUCCAGGAGGAGCUGAGGGGCAAGGAGGAUGACAAGAUCUAUCGGGGAAUCAAUAACUACCAGAAAUACAUGAAGCCCAAGGAUACAUCAAUGGGCAAUGCUUCCUCCGGAAUGGUGCGGAAGGGCCCCAUCCGCGCUCCUGAGCAUCUGCGUGCCACCGUGCGCUGGGAUUACCAGCCUGACAUUUGUAAAGACUAUAAGGAGACCGGCUUUUGCGGCUUCGGAGACAGCUGCAAAUUCCUCCAUGAUCGUUCAGAUUACAAGCAUGGGUGGCAGAUCGAACGUGAGCUUGAUGAGGGUCGCUAUGGUGUCUAUGAGGACGAAAACUAUGAAGUAGGGAGCGACGAUGAGGAAAUACCAUUCAAGUGUUUGAUCUGUCGCGAGACCUUCCAAAACCCAGUUGUCACCAAGUGUAGGCAUUAUUUCUGCGAGAGCUGUGCGCUGCAGCAUUUCCGCACCACCCCGCGCUGCUAUGUCUGUGACCAGCAGACCAAUGGCGUCUUCAAUCCAGCGAAAGAAUUGAUUUCUAAACUGGAGAAGCAUCGAGCUGCAGAAGAGGGAAAAGUGACAGAGGAAAAGGCAGGUGGUGAAGUAGGGUCCUGCAUAGAAGGCUUAUAGAAGCAUCAAGCUUCUACCUAACAGAAUGAUGGAGAUGCCAUUAAGUGAGGCAAAGGAGACUGGAAAGAAGCUCAAAAGGACUUCAAUUUACACGUGCUACAUUUGAGAGCUCAUUAGAUCUCCAAGGGGAGCUGUAAAGGAGUCAUCUGGAUCUUUCUGUCUACAACACACAGCAGGUGUCAGAGUAGCAGCUGUCAGUGCAGAAGGGGCGUUUAAAGCCCUGAGAUGGGAUGAGAUUCUCGAGUGAGUACACACACAGAAGUGGUCCAAGGCCUGAGCCCUGUGACUCUCCAAAAUCCAGACUCUACAGCAUGAAGACAAGAGGAGCCAGCAGAACUAACUGACUAGCUAGUCAGAUGACAAGAAAACCGAUAGAGCUUGGUGUCCCACAAGUCAAGGGAAGCAAGAGUUGCAAAGAGAACAGAGUGAUUAACUACAUCGAAUGCUGCCAAGAGGCCCAGUAAGGUAAGGACUCACUCACCACUAGAUUUGACAGCAGGAAGGGAGGACACAGAAAACUGGAUAUCCACACGCAAAAUAAUGAAAUUGAAUGCUUAUCUCACACUAUACACAAAAAU